AUGGAUAUAGUCCUUCAACCAGGAAUUUUACUGGAGGCAAACCAGCUAUUCGAUCUUAAAAUUGAGGUUGAGAAUCGUGGUAGCCCUCCCCUCACUUUACUGUUGUUCGCUCAAGAAUCGCAACAUCAUUGUGAAUUUGAACACAGUGUCGUGCUACCAUUAUUCGAAGAAGAAGGGCAGCUGACCUACCAAACUCCAAAUCUGCUUAAACGAGUUAAUUUAGUCACAACUGUUACUCCUGAGCUCAGUCCGCAGGGCGUCAUGUUCGUUUGCAAAGACUACACUCGUCUUAGGGGAGUUAUGAUGCAGUUAGAACAAGAUUUACCACAACUAUGCUGCUUCUUCUCAUACGCUGUCUCCGGCGCUGAUUUCAAGGCUCAAUGCUACCGUACCGGAGAACCGUGGCUACAGAUACCCUUCCAAUUGCCAAGCAGUAAUGUUUUCCUAUCAGCACUUGACAACUUUCAUCUUGAAAGGACUACGAGACCUGAAGGUUUCGCCGAACAGGACGAAUUUAAAAAGAAAAUUAUGGUUAAGAUAGACAGGAUGAUACGAUACCUGGAAUCCGGGAAUGUCACUGACGAAAUCUUGAGAAAGAUGUCCCGUCUCGUAUUACAGUUAAAAAAAGCGCCCACGAGAGAUAUCGAACAGCAAGUUGUCGAGAAAGAGGUCGAACUUCAAACUCUGGACAUUAUUUGUGAUCAAUGGGAAAUGUCACAAACGUUGCGUGAUAUUGGCUCUUAA